AUGGCGUCUGACGAAGUGAGGCGAGUGAGUGCCUGGCACUGACACAAGGUAAUAUCUGCCUCAAGCGCACGACAUAAAGCUUCACAUGGCUUUGUACAUGGGUGCAUCUCUGUCUUGCAGCACGGCCAUCUCAAGUCGAGGGACAAGAUGCCAAGAUCACGAUGGCGGAGCUUGAGAGCAGCGUUAUGUGUUGCCGUAUGCGUCAGUGCCGCCGUCGCGUCAUCGCUCGAUGAGUCAUUCCUGCAGUCCCGUGACUCCCGUCCACCGUCGGCCUUCACACCCAGCUUUCGUCCCAUCCGGCGCUCUCUGACACGGCCACGCGCAUCAGUGGCCACUGCAGAACCUGAAGCAGCCGUCGCAGCCGAGCAAUCGGAUCUCCCAUCUGUAGCCAAGAGGCAGCGUGUUCUGUCGGGGAUUCAGCCGACGGGUGCGCUUCACUUGGGCAACUACGUUGGAGCUAUUCGACAGUGGGUCAAGAACCAGGACAAGUACGACAGCUUCUUCUGUGCCGUGGACCUGCAUGCCAUCACUCUGCCGCAUACGCCAUCUAAACUACGCCAGGAAACCUUACAGGUAGGUCCGUCUUCCACUCUGCGUGUCAUGCUCAUUUAUUCUCUCUGUUUUGGGCUGGGCGCGGUUGCAGGCGACUGCCCUCUAUGUCGCGUGUGGGAUCGACCCCGACCGCAGCUCGGUGUUCGUGCAGUCGCAUGUGCCAGCGCACACCGAGCUAACGUGGCUGCUCAACUGCAUCACGCCCGUCGGCUGGCUCGAGAGGAUGAUCCAGUUCAAAGAGAAGUCCCGCAAGCUAUCAGCCGAGAACAUCGGCGUGGGUCUGUUUGGCUACCCCGUGCUGAUGGCGUCGGACAUUUUGCUGUACAAGGCCGAGGUGGUGCCUGUGGGCGAGGACCAGGUGCAGCACAUCGAGCUCACGCGCGACGUGGCGCGGCGGUUCAACGAUCUGUUCUGCAAGAGGCAGCGGCGGAAGGAUGUGUUCGUGGAGCCCGAGACGCUCUUGGUCAAGGAGGGGGCGAGGGUCAUGUCGCUACUGGAUGGGACCGCCAAGAUGAGCAAGUCGGACCCCAAUGAGGGCUCACGCAUUAACCUCCUUGACACACCUGAGGUAGGUGGGUCGACCGGACGGACCUCACUCACAUCCCGGAUAGCAAAAGUAGCCAGCCGUGAUCUCUCUUGUGUGGUGUGUAUGUAUUGUGGUUGGUGUAAACCGCAGACGAUUCAGAAGAAGAUCAAGAAGUGCAAGACGGACCCCGUCCAAGGGCUCGAGUACGGCAACCCCGACCGACCCGAGUGCACCAACCUCCUCACCAUGCUAUCAGCCAUCUCCGACCAGCCCGUCGACGCCAUCCUGCAGCAGUACGGCGACCUCGGCUGGGGCGCCUUCAAGCCGGUCCUCACCGACGCCCUCGUCGAGCACCUGGGGCCCAUCCAGCAGAGGUAUAGGAACCUUGUCAGCGACCCCUCCUAUCUGCAGUCGAUCCUCCGGCAAGGGGCCGAGAAGGCCAAUGCAGUAGCCUCCCAGACACUGAGUGAGGCCAAGGACGCCAUGGGCUAUCUCUCUCUCGACGACGUCUCGUCGCUGCGGCUAGAGAGUGCGGAGGAGGGAAGUGGCGAGAGGGAGAAGGGCGACAUAUCGUUGCUGGAGAUCCGAGUGGGCAGGAUACUCGAAGUGGAGAGGCAUCCUGACGCUGACAGCCUCUAUGUCGAGAAGGUCGACCUGGGCGAAGGCGAGCCACGGACGAUAGUGAGCGGCUUGGUGCCCUACCUCUCGCAAGAGGAGCUUCAGGGCCGCAACGUCAUCGUGCUCUGCAACCUGAAGCCACGUGCUAUGCGCGGCAUCAAGUCGGAGGGCAUGCUGCUGUGCUCAUCCUCACCGGACGGCACUCGAGUGGCGCCUUUGUCGCCGCCCGAGGGAGCUGCAUUGGGUGAGCUGGUGACGUUUGAUGGUUGGGCGAGUGAGCCGGUGGCUCCGGGGAACAAAGCGGGCAAGGCAUUCGACCGCGUCGCUGAAGACCUGUCCGUCGGUGAACAAGGGGUAAGUCAGAUCAGUCAGGCAGCCAGUAUGUAUGGGCGACGGGGGGAGGGAGGGAGGGAGGGAGGGAGUGUGGCUUAAUUGUGUUUCUGUAGGUAGCCACAUUUCGUUCGGUGCCGUUCCAGACGUCGGCUGGUGCGUGCACAUCGGAGAUACCGGGCAAGAUCAGCUAGCUGAUGUGCCUGCCGUGCAUGUGUGCAUCAGAUAUGUGGAUGGGAUGUGGGUGAGACAUUGACAUUGACCUUGUGUCUGUCAUGCGCAAAGCACCGACCGACCUACCGAC